AUGUGCUUCAACGUUGGCGUCAUUAUCGGACCUCUCCUAACAGGUUUCAUGGCUGAUCCCGUUCAUACGCUCCCUGGAAUCUUUGGUCCAGGUUCUCUCUUUGGUGGGGAGAAGGGCGUGCAAUGGCUCGAGAAAUUCCCUUACGCGCUGCCAAAUCUCUUCUGCUUCUCCAUCCUGAUGUCAGCCUUUUUUCUAGUCAUUCUUGGCCUUGAUGAAACGCACUCGCAGCUUCGGCAUCGCCCUGAUCCUGGACGUAGACUCGGAAGGCUUCUUCUACGAAUCAUUCUCCGCCGAAAGAAGGAUCAGCAUCUUUACAGCUCUAUCAACACUGAGGAGCUGAUGGAUCAUGAUGCAGAUCAAGAAUCUGGGGAAAAUACAAGACCAGCUAAAGCGUACAACAAGACUCGUCCUCCGUUCCGAGAUGUGUUGACGAAGAAUGUCUGUCUUAAUAUGCUACAGCGCUUCCUACAGUCAAUUCACGUAUCAGCGUUCAAUUCCAUUCUUUUCAGUCUUCUGCCCACGCCUAAAGCCGACUCUACAGACUUCCAUCUACCCUUCCGCUUCACCGGUGGUCUAGGUCUAUCAAGUGAGAGGAUGGGUUUAGCCAACACAAUCAUUGGUACGAUCGGCAUCCCGCUUCAACUCUUCAUAUACCCCAGACUCAUCGGCAAACUCGGCGUUAAAGCUUCAUACAGUGCCUUUUUACCACUAAGCAUCAUCGCAUACUUCCUUCUGCCAUACCUGGUUCUGUUGCCGGAUAAUACCGCUCUGGUGUGGACUUGUCUAUCUGCGGUUCUGAGUCUGCAGGUAUUAUCUCGGACAUUUGUGAAUCCUGCUACUAUGAUGCUUGUCAACGAUUCAGCGCCGAGUCCGAAUUUGUUAGGCACGGUUCAUGGGUUGGCAUCGAGUAUUUCGAGUGCUGCUCGGAUCAUGGGACCUACGGUUGGUGGAACGUUGCUUGGAUGGGGUCUUGCCCAUAAUCUUGUUGGACUGCCUUUAUGGGUCUUGACGAUUUUGGCAUCGGCAAAUUGGGCUAUUUUGUGGUGGAUUGAGGAUGUGAAUAUGUCUGAAUGA